ACGCUCAAACGCCGUGCGACAGUCGGCGCGUUAAGUUGUAAUUGCCGCAACGGAUAUAUAUAUUUAAGCAGAGUGCUCAUAACAGUAUAUAAACAAAGUCGAAACGGAAACCGACUCCCAAAACAAACCCAAAGUGGUCGAUGCGUUCGAAACAUUCGGUCAAUCGGCGUUGAGGACUAAGCGCAUUCGGACAUAGAACAUCGCGUCCUUUCGGUUCGCGAUUCGGUCCUUGUGAUAUCAUCCCAAGCCAACCCACUCCCACUCCCACUUUCAGUUGGGUGCGCCCCAUCAUCCUGUACCGUGUGUGUAAAAUGCAAAUGUGCUCAGUUCGUUAACUUUUCCGCAAGGUGCUCGUGCAAUCGAUAACAAACCGUGUCCAGUUAGCAACACUCAAGUGCAGGGAGUCCCCACGAACGACAGAAUGGCCGAUCGCUUUCAGAUCUCAAAGGUGAACGGCACCGCAAAUGCCGGUUACGAUGGGGAGGGCGGACCAGCUGCCGCCGAUCAGCAAGAUCCUCCGUCCAACAACGAGAAUCACCUGCAGCCCAAGGCUCCGGGAGAAAGCGGCGAGAAUCGCCGGAGCUCGCGACUUUCAUUCCGCGGAUUCGGCCACUUCCUGCGAAAAUCCGAUGCGGAGCGCAAAUUCAGUCUCGCCCAGCUAACAAAGGAGAGUCUGCCGCGCCUGGACAACUACCGCAUUUCCAUGCGCAAUCUGAAGCGUCCUUCCAUCGGAGAACUGCAAGGAGAGGCGGUCGAUCAGAGCAUUACCAUACCCGAACCCGAACCGGAAGCCCCUGGCGGUCACAUUAAGCUGGGAUGGAUUGUGGGCGUCCUGAUACCCUGUCUCCUGAACAUCUGGGGCGUCAUGCUCUUCCUGCGCCUCAGCUGGGUGGUGGCCGAGUCCGGCAUCUUGCAGUCGCUGAUUAUAAUUACGAUCUCCGCGGUGGUCUGCGUCAUCACGACGCUCUCGCUGUCGGCCAUUAGCACCAACGGCGAGGUCAAAGGUGGCGGGGUCUACUUCAUCAUAUCCCGUUCGCUGGGACCCGAGUUCGGGGCGUCGGUGGGCGUGGUGUUCGCCUUCGCCAACGCCGUUUCCGCCUCGAUGAACACCAUCGGCUUCUGCGAGUCGCUAAACGUUUUACUGAAGAACAACGACCUGAAGAUAGUCGACAAUGGCAUCAACGACAUCCGAAUCGUUGGAUCGGUGACUGUUCUGGUGCUCAUCCUGAUCUGCUGCGUGGGCAUGGAGUGGGAGACGAAGGCGCAGAACUUCCUGAUCGUCACCAUAGUCCUGGCCAUCUUCAACUUCCUGAUCGGGGCUGCCAUUGGACCGCAGGGCAACGAGGAGAACAUUUCGAAGGGUUUCGUGGGCUUCUCAUGGGCUACGUUCAAGGAGAACUUUGGCUCGGAUUAUCGUUAUGCGGAGGGGGUGAACCACGACUUCUUCAGCGUGUUUGCCAUCUUCUUCCCCAGCGUGACGGGCAUUCAGGCUGGGGCGAACAUCUGCGGCGAUCUGAAGGACGCAGGAGCGGCCAUUCCGAAGGGCACCUUCUGGUCGCUGCUCAUCUCGAUGUCGUCCUACGCCCUGUUCGUCCUCUUCGCCGGCGGCGCCGCUGUGCGGGAUGCGUCCGGCAACCCGGCCGACCUGGUCAACGGCACUAUCGUGGCCUCGGAGUUGCCCUGCCUGGCCAGUGGCAACUGCACGUGGGGCCUCUUCAACUCGUACGAGAUGAUGCAGGAGAUGUCGCUGUGGGGACCGCUGAUCUACGCCGGCUGCUUUGCGGCCACGCUGAGCACGGCCCUGACCAACCUGCUGUCCGUGCCCAGGCUGGUUCAGGCGUUGGGCAUUGACCAGAUCUACCCGGGCCUGAUCUUCUUCUCGAAGCCGUACGGCAAGCACGGAGAGCCGUACCGCGGCUAUGUGCUCACCUUCUUCAUUACCACGGGCUUCUUGCUGAUCGGAGAGCUCAACCUGAUCGCCCCCCUGAUCUCCACCUUCUACCUGGCCUCCUACGCUCUCAUCAACUUCUGCACAUUCCAUGCGGCCUUCGUGAAGCCGUUGGGAUGGCGGCCCACUUUCAAGUACUACAACGCCUGGCUCAGUCUCUUCGGGUUCGCCAUGUGCGUGGCCAUCAUGUUCUUGAUCAACUACGUGGCGGCCAUCAUCACCUUCGGCAUUAUCUUCGCCCUGUACUUGGUGGUCAUGUACCGAAAGCCGGAGGCCAACUGGGGCUCCACCACGCAGGCCCAGCAGUACAAGGCCGCCCUGAUGGCCGUCCACCGACUGCAGAACGUCUCCGACCACGUCAAGAACUACCAUCCGCAGGUGCUGGUCCUCUCCGGCGAUCCCAAGACCCGGCCUCCCCUCGUGGACUUCGGCUAUCUGCUGACCAAGAACAACUCCCUCAUGUUUGUGGCUAACAUAAUACCGGUGCGCGUGGGCUACAAGAAUCGUCAGCACCUGGUGAAGGAUGGACAGAAGUACCUGGAUGCGCGCAAAAUCAAGGCGUUCUACAACGUGAUCGAUGGGUUCAGCCUGGAGGAUGGAAUAAAUGCUCUAACCAAGUCCACUGGCUUCGGCAAGAUGUCACCGAACAUAGUGCUGGUGGGUUACAAACCGGACUGGAAUCGCUGUCGCAAGGAGGAGGUGGAGAGUUACUUUUCCAUUUUGUACAAUGCCUUCUCGCAGCGCAUGGGCGUGGCCCUGCUCCGCCUGCCCAACGGAUUGGAUUUCUCGGAGCUGAGUUCCGAGGUCACCCUGCCGGCCAACGGAAUGGGACACAUGCACACCGCCAACGCCCAGGGCUUCACCAACGAACUGAUGCCGGCGGCCAAUGCCGCCUCCGAGCUGCUGCACAUCGACUCCAACCUGAACCUGGCCGGAAUGGACAGUCCCAACUCAUCGUUCACCAUGCCCCAGCCGGCGCCGAUGCCCAACAUGCAGCGCAGCACCCGCAGCUACAAGGUGAACAGCUCGGACGAGCCGGCGGUCACGUACCACACCAAGGGCGGAUCGGACAUUCCCCAGAACCUCCUGGAGGCCAUGACCAUAUUCACGCGUAAACAGCCCAAGGGCACAAUCGAUGUCUUCUGGCUGUACGACGACGGAGGUCUCACCAUUCUCCUGCCAUACAUCAUCUCCAUGCGAUCCCACUGGCAGAACUGCAAGCUGAGGGUGUUCGCAAUGUGCCACGGAAAGGACGAAGAGCAGGAAGAAAAGAGCAUGGCCAGCUUGCUGACCAAGUUCCGCAUCAAGUAUUCAGAGCUCAUCAUGCUGAAGGGCGUCUCCGAGCAGCCGCGGGCGGACACGAUGCUGAAGCACAAGCGCCUGAUCGAGCCCUUCCGCCGCGGAGCCCGCAACGAGUUCGGCAUCACGGACGACGAGCUGCAGAGCAUGGCCGAGAAGACGAACCGACAGCUGCGCAUCCAUGAGCUGGUGGUCAAGCACUCGUCGAACGCCGCUCUGGUGGUCAUGUCCCUGCCCAUGCCCCGCAAGGAGGCCAUCUCUUCGCCGCUGUACAUGUCAUGGCUGGAGAUGCUCACGUCGGACAUGAAAUGUCCGGUGGCCUUGGCCCGCGGCAACCAGACGCCCGUGCUGACGCUCUACUCCUAGACUAGACCCUCGCUUCCAGUUCGAGUACAACUUAGUAUUAUUAGCGUUUAGGUGUUCCGCCCAGUUCCCCGUAGAAUCGAGCUCAUCAUCCCUGGAGUGGCAGCUGUGACAUUCAACACAAUUGAAACAAUUGAGUUCCAGGGCCCAGACUCCGGUUCCAAGAGACUCGAUACCUACUUACUCUUUUAUAUGAACGAACUCCUAAACGCUUGACGAUAGACCCUAGUGAAGUUUUGUGUGAAAUAGUUCUCAUCCGCUUUCGAGGCCGACCAGUUCCGAACCACCGUAAGAUCUAUUUCACAUGCAAUAGCUAUAAGUUAAUUACGAACUAUUCUGAAUAAAUGAAAACCAUUUAA